AUGGAAGAAAAACAGUUGGCUGGGACGUCUUUUUGCACAGAUUCCAACGAUCAGAAAGAGUUUGAAGAAUUGGAAAUUAAUCUAUUAUCACCUACAGUAACAAAGAAAGGUGAUGUUUCGAAGGCAACAACUUUUUCUCAACUUGGUUUAAGUAAAUGGCUUUGCGAUCAAUUACGAAAUCUUGCAAUGAAUACUCCGACACCAGUACAAAUAAAUUGUAUACCUCAUAUUCUUGCUGGUACUGAUGUGUUGGGCUGUGCAAAGACUGGAACGGGUAAAACAUUAGCAUUUGCUUUACCGAUUUUGCAUGAGUUGACACUUGAUCCUUAUGGUAUCUGUGCGCUGGUGUUAACGCCAACACGAGAACUUGCAAUACAAAUUGGCGAUCAGUUUGCCGCGCUUGGUACACCAAUUGGUCUCAAAAUCGGUAUUAUAGUAGGUGGAAAAGAUCGCGUUGCCCAAGGCAAUGAUUUGGCCAGGCGACCUCAUGUUGUUGUUGCAACACCUGGACGGUUAGCUGAUCAUCUAGAAAGUGAUUCUGAGAAUACUGGGAAGCUCUUCGAGAAACUACGAUUUCUGGUACUUGAUGAAGCUGACCGUCUUCUAGAUGGACAAUAUUCGAUAGAACUAAAAACUAUUCUGAGUUUUCUACCGAAACAGCGACAAACUCUGUUAUUUAGUGCUACAAUUACAUCGGCAUUAAGUCAACUACAUCAGGUAUCCGUCAAAAAACCAUAUUUUUUCGAAGAUAAAAGUGAAAUUGCUACGGUUGACAAACUGGAGCAAAAGUACGUGCUUUGUCCGUGCGCUGUGAAAGAUGCUUAUUUAGUAUACGUUGUAAAGAAUUUUCAUGAAAAACAUCCAGAUAGCUUAAUUUUGAUAUUUUCGCAUACGUGCCGGGAAUGUCAAGCGUUGGCAAUUAUGUUCCAUGGAUUAGGUUUCCAGGUUGGAUCACUCCACUCUCAGAUAAGUCAACAGGAAAGAUCAUCCUCUUUAACAAAAUUCCGAUCUGGUCGUAUAAAAAUUCUGAUAUGCACAGAUGUUGCAUCACGUGGACUUGAUAUACCUCAUGUCGAUCUAGUUGUCAAUCACAAUGUGCCACAAAAUACUAAAACUUAUAUACAUCGUGUUGGUCGUUCAGCUCGAGCUGGAAGAUUCGGUUGCGCACUUAUAUUUGUCACUCAAUAUGAUAUAUUUCUGCUUCAGGAAAUUGAAAAAGUAAUUGGGAAAAAAUUGGAUAAAUUGGUUGUCAGCGAUAAAAAGGUGACGCAAUAUGUGACACAAGUGCUGGUAACAAAACGAGAAGCAGAAAUUAAAUUGGAUCAACAAAAUUUCGGUGAACGGAAAGCAAUAAAUAAGCGAAAAGAAAUGCUAAUCGCUGGAUUGGAUCCUGAUGAGGUUGAAAGAACCCUGAAAAUGCAGCGUGAACAAAGGUGA